AUGGCCUCUUCUACCGAUUUAUCGCGGGAUAGCUCGCAGGAUGGGCUAUCGCGGAACCGCAGCCAAGAUAGCCCGCCUACGCCAUCCUCCGUAUUGUCCGCUACCGAUGCAGCAACCACGGCAAGCAAGACAUUUCCUCGCCACCAACUUGCAGUUGAACUUUCUGGGCUGUAUUCUGAGGUCAUCGCAGCGAAGCUGUGGAAGGUAGCUGAAGAAUACUUGGAGGAUGGUAAAGCUCCAUCUCAAUACCCUGAGUGGGUUCCAGAAGAUGGAGAGACUUCAGGGCAUUACAAUACCAAGGAGGUCAAUUUUUGGACGUGCGGCUUUUUCCCUGGGAGCUUGUACUGCAUUCUAGAAAGAUACGUCAAAUAUCCGCAGUAUCUACCUUUACCAGGCAUUGAUCGCCUAGAGUUUCAUGCAAAGUUGCUCGCUCUGUGUCGCACUUGGGCCGCUCCUCUUCACCAAAUGGCCAAGAGAACAAACACGCACGAUCUUGGAUUCAUAGUCCAGCCUGCUUUACGGCAAGACUGGGAGCUGACGGGUAACUAUGACAGCCGUGCUUCUGUAAUGACCGCCGCAGGUUACUUGGCAUCUCGAUAUGAUGACAGAAUGAAGGCGGUUAGGAGCUGGGAUAAAUCUGUCAGCACAAGAUAUAACAUUACGGAUAAGGACUCCAAUUUCCUCGUCAUCGUGGACAGCAUGUGCAAUAUGGAUCUCCUAUUUUAUGCUGGGCACCACUCGUCAAACCAGCGGCUGAUAGAUAUUGCCACAAACCACGCCCAUUUUGUCAGGCGGAAUCUAAUUCGAAAUAACGACUCUACGUGGCAUGUCGUCAAUUUUGAUCCGCGCGAUGGAUCUCUAAAGACAAAACAUACUCAUCAAGGAUACAGCGACGAUUCGACAUGGUCAAGGGGUCAAGCAUGGACCAUACUCGGCUUCACGCAAACAUACAUCUGGACAAAGGAACAGAUAUUCUUAGAUACGGCUAUUCGCCUCGCAGAGCACUUCCUUGAGCGUCUACGCAGCGCAAAACACGCAUAUCCUUUUGUUCCCCUUUGGGACUUUGAUGCGCCCAUGGGUGAUAAGCCGCUACGCGACUCUUCUGCCGGCAUGAUUGCCGCCAAUGGUCUUCUCCUACUCCAUCAAAUUCUAGGAGAGGGGUCAAACUAUCUGAGCGAUGCUUUGCGCAUUGCAAGGGAAACUAUUGAUAUGUGUCAAGCAACGGAUCCGGCACGACUUGUCGCAGAUGCCGACUCCAAGAUCAAGGCCGAAGGAGUGACAUUUGACUGCAUCUUAAAACACGCAACAGCAAAUAACAAUGAAUAUGCUUUAGUGAGAUACAGUGACCAUGGUCUGGUCUAUGCUGAUUAUUACUUUCUGGAGUUUGGAAACAAGUUGUUGAGAAUGGGCAUGGUUUAG